AUGCUUAGAGGUGUUCUUGGAUAUUUAAAGUCGUCUAUAGAUAGAGCUCCAUCUGAGAAUUUUGAUGACAAUAAACGACAAUCACAAUCCUUCUCCACAACAACAACAAAUAACAACAAUAAUCAAGUUCAAACCGAUAAAGAUGAAGAUCAUGAUGUCACAUCAGAGGAUACAGAAUCAAGUGGUAUACACGAUACUAUUGAAGACAUUGUACAAGAGAAUGAUUUAAGUAACGGAGCAGACGAAGAAGAAGAAAUUGAAGUGCUACAUGAUCUUACGGGGAAUUAUAACUAUAUUAAGAAUAUUUCUGACGAAGUGAUAGAAACACAAGAUACAGAAAUAAUUCAAAAGGAACAACUAUCUGAUGAUGAAGAGAGUGACGCGACGCGUAGACCACUAGAUCAACCAGUAGGAAUAUCUGCACGUUAUGGAAGUAUUGCUCGUCCUCAAUUAAGUAUAAUUGAAAAUGAUUCUAUAUCUGGAACAGAGAAUGGAUCUGAAGAAGAUGAUGAACAAGAAACUUUAAGACUUGCAGAAUUAUCACGUCGUGAACAAGUCAUGAAAUCUUAUGAAGAAUUCAGUAGUUCUACUCCAGAUGAUGAUGAUGAAGAUGAUGAUGAAAAUAGUUAUUCUUCUUCAGACCAAUUUUUACCGAAAGAUGAAAUUUCUGUACUACAAGAUUUCCAAAGUGAUGAAGAUGUACCAUCUGAUCAACAAAAAAUUUCAUUGAAACUGACGGUAUCUUCAUCUCAUGAUGAAAAUGUUCAAUCUGGGGAUGCAAAUUCAAAUAAUGCAGUUUCAAGUGUGUCAAAAAAAAGAAAACAUGAUGAAGUUGUAUCAAGUGAUGGUUCCGAAAUUGAAUCCGACGUUAGUAAUGAUGAAUCUCCCGAACCCAAUGAUGAUGCAAACUCGCCUGUAUCUGAUCAGGAAGCUCAAGUUCAAUCUCCAGGAAACAAUCAACAAGCACAAUCUACUGAGACUAAUUUUAUGUAUCAAACGACACAACAUCAUUCACAAGAAUCAACACAAACAUCAACAUCAACCCAACCAAGACAAAAUCCAGAUGGUUUGGAAGAACCAACUCCACUGAAUAGGACACCGUUACAAUCAUCAAUGACCUCACCUCCUAUGACAACUCAACUCGUUGGUGAUACGAAUACUACAACCAGAAUUCCCAGGAGAGUAGCCAAUCUCCCUGCAAGAAUUCCUUCAGAAGCUCUAGCGCAGAUUGCUCUAUUUGAACAAUGGACUGGGAUAAAAACUCAACCGAAAGUACCAACAACAGCACCAGUAAGAACACCACAGCAUCCGAACUCUGAGUCAGAAAAACCCACUGCACCAGUAUCGCCCCAAAAUAAGGCUACAAUAAGACAGGAAAGAACACCAGAGAUAAGAAAAAAACGUAAAUACACUUUGAAAACGCAGAAAAAACAGAGACUUACGUGGAAAGAAGACAAUUUAAGAUUGGAAGAACGCUUACGGUCAAAAGAAUUAUCUUCUAUAAAUGAUCAAUUACCAGGAGCAAGUGUUGUACCUUCUAGUCCACAUGUUGUUCUGGAGAGCAAUUCACCAUCAAGAAGACAGUCCCAAGUUUCUUCUAGUGUCACUCCAGCUAGAGAUGAAGGUAUUCAAGUCACAAAUACCCCCAUAGUUGAAGAAUCCGCAGAGAAUCAUAUACAAGAACAAGAGGAUUUGGUAGAUGAAGUAUCGGUUCAUCUGAUAGUAGCAAAUGAACUAUCCGUUUCACCAGAAAAAGAAGUCCCACAAACUACACCUAGUGUAAUACAAUCCCAAGAGGCACAACAAGAUUCUACCAGGAUAAUUGAAGAACAUGAUGAUUUAUCAGAUUUAAAUUCAUCACCUGUGAAAUCAUCGGUUGUUCAUGAAAGAGGUGUAAUUGAUAGUACUUUGAAUAGAAAUAUCGAGUCAAGAAGAAUUAAUUCUACGGAGAGAUUAGUUGAAUGUGUUCAAGAGAAUAUUGAGAUAUCUAACACUGGUAAUUUGGAUAAUAUUGAAACUAAUAGUGCUCAAUUUACAAAUUCUAUGAGGCAACUAAACAGUCGAUCACAAGUAGAAUCAGAACAGGAAAGUGAUAAAUCAAAGGAAGAAACAAGUGAACUGGAAGAAGAAGAAGAAAGAUCACAAGAACCUGAUGCAAAUAAUACAGGAGAAUCGAAUCCAAAUAAGGAUGAUUCUAGUAAUGAUUCCAGCGAUGAUGAAAGAGGAAAUGAUUCUUCGGUUGCAGAUAAUAGACACAAUCAACUUGACGAUGAUAAUAUUCAAAACAACGAAGCUGAUGAUUACCUUCAAGAUGGGAGUUCAUCUCCAAUUCUUCUGUCGGAUAACUCUGAUGAUGAGUAUAUCAAUGCUGAACUUUCUGAGAAAAGGAAUAAUCGCAAGAGCUCACCUCUGCUUUUUGUGGAAGAUGACAGCGAAAGUGAGAAGAAUUUAGCAAGUGUAUCACCUCCAAGUUUCGAACAUAUUGAUUCCAUUAGCCUUGUUCAUGAAAGGAGUCUUAAUGAGAAUGACACAUCAUCUCCUAUACCACAGCCAGACGAAAUGCUUCCUGAUUUCCUAGAUGAUUUAAGUGACCAAGAGGAAAUAGAUCAAGCUGAGAUAGAUCAAGAGGACAGCUCUUCUGGAAGUGCCAAUUCAAUUGCACAAGCAUUAUCCGAAGUCGAACCAGAUCAUUUAAUUCCAAGAAGAAGGGAGGUUGAUGAAGUGGAAAAUUUCCCAGAUAACGGAAACUCUCCCAAAAGAAGAAGGUUAGAUGAUAUCCAUAUUACUAAUGAUACUGGUGCUGAUGAUAAUCAAUUAAUUGAUAAUCACGACCAGCAUCAUGAAGAAGCAGUUGAUAUUCCCGAACAACAACUUGUUCAACCCCAGGAAAGUCACAACACAGAGAGUAUACUGGAGGAACAGAUUGCACCACACGUUGAUCUUUCACUUAGAAGAGUUAAUUCCCUACCAAGCCCCGAACAAAAUCUUGAAGAUCCAACUGGUAAUGAUCCUUUCCCUGAUUGGAAAUCUGAUGAUUCAUAUUUUGACAAAGUUCUGGUUGAUGUUGAUUCACUCUUAGAACAAUACGGAAGACCACAUGUCAUUAGAACUUUGGCUCAGCAAUUUGUUCUGACAGCUCUGGAAGUUUUGCAAGACAAAAUUGAAAGGGUAAUUGCAAAUAUUGAUACUUUAUUCGAGCACAGACCUACAACUACUAGUCCCGAAGUACGCAAUGAAAGUAAUCAAGAAACAAGAAUUGAACAAGACACUCAAUCUGGUGAUGCUGCAACAGAAGAACAACCAACUGAACAAUAUAUCACACCACUGAUACCAUUGUCUGAAGUGCAGAAUAUGCUUUUAAUGCGAACUAGAUUACGGCCAAGUCCUGAGUACUUAAGGAAAGUUGCAAUAUCCAACGAAGAAAUGGAGGCAGCCUACCAAGCAAACAUUUCUAAUGCUCGACAGAAAGAUGGAAUUACAAAUUCAAAUGAUCACACUCCACCAAAUGAACAAAUUGAAAAUCAAGAAGAAGACCUUCCAAAUGAUGAUGAUAUUGUUGCAGCUGAACAUGACCAAAUUCAAGCAGUCGAUAUUGAAGUAAACCAAUUACCAGUUUCCAACAAUGCUACCACUGUACCUACAUCAGAAAAUGAAAAUAUUGAAUCAGAUAAACCUCUCCAAGAUGAAGUUGCAACAGAAGAUACUCCAGAGAUCUCCAAAACAACCUAG